UUACCAAUCGCCUGCAACCGAAGCCCAACCAAACGACCCCCAACGAGAAAAGAUAGAGAGAGAGAGAGAGACGACACAAAAACAAAAACAAAACCCAACAACAAACAGCCGUCAAGCGAAACGUCAAAGGAGAGGUGGCGCACGCGUGUGCGAGCGAGAGCGCGCAGCCGUUGCAAUUCUCCGCGCUAACUGAGAGAACGUGCGAGUUUGUUUUUUCGAUGCCUCCUCCGACAAGCAGCUGAGUUUUUUCGGUUGGUUGUUUUUAUUUGCUCAAGUCUCGUAGGAGCAAUAAAGUAAAAAAAAAACAAACAAACAUACACAAACUUCCCAAGGCGUUGCAGUAGGGGGUCCGAUAUGAGCGUGAACUAAGCUGUAUUACAGCAUCGAUACGCUCUCUACGCUCACACACGCAAAUGCACUUAUGAACGCACACCGCACCUUUCGCAGUCACGGUGCAUUGUAGCGAAUUCCAGCCUUGUGGUGCUUGAAGCAAAGCAAAAAAACAACGUGUGACGACACGGCGAGUGGCUCUUCGGCGCAAGGCAACAGAUAAAUGCAACCGAACGAGCCCAGCAGCGGGUUUGUUGUUGUUUUCUGCGCGAUUUAAGCAGCGUGAAGGACGCACGAAGGUGUCGGUUAAAAUUGCCACCACCAGCGCGAAACGUGCCGUGAAAACUCCACCUCGACUUUCCCAUGGGCAGUGGGUGGGCAGAGAAUCGAGGCAAAAAAAUUAAAGUGCAUCAUAACGCUGAAGCAAAAACGGACAAGCAGGAGCGAAACACCUGCGGAAGUAAGUAGCUGGCCGGGACACCAUUGACACGACCACCGAUAAAAGCAACACGUUGGUUCGAGCUUCGUUGGCCCAGAUUGUCGGUGCGCAACAGAUCGUGCGAGCACGCGCGAGAAAGAGAGAGAGAGAGAACAAACAAGAAAGUAAUUAAAAAGGAAAACGCAUCGCAACCAACCAAACCAGUGCAGCAGCAGUAGAAGAAGGAACCGCUGAGCGGAAGAAGCGCAGGAAGAAGACCACGCGGCUGCAAAAUAGAACGUGGGCCCCCACCCCCGUGAGACACCUCUUCGUUCCGUGUCCCGGGUUGCAGGUGCAUGUGUACGCUCAUCUUGUGAUAUUAGAUCAUUCGCACAAUUCCGUGACACGCAAGCCCGCCACCACCAACGCACCGGCCGUUGGAAAACGAAAACACGCGGCGGUUUGGUGUUCUGCAAAAUAAAAGAGUACAAAACGCCACCUCCCAACAGCGGCGAACAACCAACUAAGAGGCUCGUGAAUAAAUAGUAGAGAAGUAUAAGACGGCGGCAAACCACUGCUGGUUAGUAGGAGUAGCAGUAGCAGUAGUAGUAGCAGGCUGUGACGGCGGUUGCUCGUGUCCUUCGUCGACUUGUCUGUUGUGUAGUGUUUGCAGCGAGAGGUGUUCGGCUAGCUAGUGAGGCGGGAAAAUGGAUAUCACGCAACAGCAACCGCCGCAGUCGGUAGAUCUCGCCGCGAAGGAUGCCAAGAAGCAGAGAGGAGGAGGACAGCAACAGGACACAGUGGAUUCGUCGAGGAACAACGCCGAAGACGGCCAGAAGAAGGGUGGUGUCUGGAGUCGGUACGUGCUGCACAGCAAGAUUGACCAGGGCACUUUCAGCACGGUUUCGCUGGCAUCAUUAUCCAGGGAUCAGUCGUUGCCACUCGACAAGCGGCGCCUGUUCGCUAUCAAAAACAUCACGCCAACGAGCCACCCGUUGCGGGUUGAGCGCGAAAUUCGCUGCAUGGAGGUGAUGGGCGGCAAGUGCAACGUGGUCGGCAUCGUGGAGGGCUUCAUGGACCAGGGUUCGGCGAAGCUCGUCAUGAACUACUUCCCGCACAAGCCGUUCCAUCAGUUCUACGCCACGCUGACUCCUGGCGAGGUGCAGCACUACUUGCGCGAGCUGCUGGUCGCGCUGAGGCACGUGCAUCGGCAUGGCGUCAUCCACCGGGACAUAAAGCCGAGCAACUUCCUGUACAACCGGGAGAACGGCGGUACCUGUAUGCUAGUGGACUUUGGACUCGCACAGGAAACCGGUACCGGUGAGCUGUCGCUGCAGAUAGGCUGUCCGGGAAAAGCCUUCCAGCGCCAGGGUGGAGACCCAACGAAAAGCUGCCGUCGGCAGGAGGAACUCUCGAAUAGCAGACCAAAAGAUCUCGUGAAGUCGCCCGGCGCCGGUGUUGGCAGCGUGCUGAGGCAUCGCCGCUCGACGACACAGUCCUAUCGGUCACCAUACUCGAAAGAUCUCAUUAAAACGGGUGCCAACGACACCGCCUUAGACAAUCAGCGCAUCCCUGCUUCGCAAUGUGUCUGCUAUGGGCACGCGAAGGUGUGCACUCAGUGCCUGGUGAAGCGCGAAAUCAUUGCACCACGUGCCGGUACACCCGGCUAUCGGCCACCGGAGGUGCUGUUGAAGUACCCGGACCAGACGACGGCCGUCGACAUCUGGGCCGUCGGUAUCAUCUUCUGUAGCAUGCUCGCUAAGCUGUAUCCGGUGUUCAGCAACAAGGACGAUCUGCACUCGCUGGCGGAGAUCAUCUCCGUGUUUGGGUACGAGCGGCUAAAUGAAACUGCGCUCGCCCUCGAUCGGAAGCUGCAGGUAAACCCGGAAAAUAUGCUAUGCCGGGCGUACAACUUACGGCGUUUUUGCCAGCAUUUCCGGGGGUUGUAUCACCGCCGCAACCAGGAACCGCCAGCCUCGGGCGAGGCGGAUGCUGGUGGGCUCAGUCCGCCACCCGGCCAGGAUGAGGAUAAUUUCGCGUGCGACAACUGCUGCAAACCGCCGGACGUUUGCCUUUGUCAGGAGCGGGUCGCUGAAGUCAGUACCGAUUGUGACGAGUACGGAAACGAUGCGUACGAUUUGCUGGAACGGCUUCUGGAGAUCAACCCGCAUCAUCGCAUCACCGCCGCCGACGCACUUCGGCAUCCCUAUUUCCAGGUGCAGUAUUGAAUGGUGCGCAGCAGCGACGUGUUCCAACCAUGCAUCAUCGCCAUUCUCUUUUUCUUCCAUCAUGAUCAUGGUGGAAAUGAGUAUAAAGACCGCACGUGUUCAGGGUUCUACCAUAGCCAUUCUACGCUACACCAGCACCACCUGGUACAAAAGAAGAGAGGGGUUAAUGAAACGGGCAAGAGGAGAACGAACAAACGGAAUGCCCGAUGAGAUGGGACAAAAUGUAGAAUAAUGUGGAAUUUGAACCGUGAUCGGUCAAUUAAUGCCAGUAUAGCGAUAAAAUAACUAAAGGUCAGCAAACGAAAGACAGAGAGAGAGAGAGAGAGAAACGGUUAAGAGCGUGAUGGAAGAAAUGCUGCAAGCAUGUGAAUUUUCAGAGAUUAUCUUCGCAUAGUAUACUACUUCUUUAAGUUACCACCGAGUAGAUAACACGCUCUGAUGCAAC